AUGGUUGUUGCUCUUGUCACUGGAGGUAACGCCGGCAUCGGCGAGGCUGUUGUUCAACAACUCGCCAGAAUUUCGGGCUUUCAUGUCAUCAUAGGAUCCCGCAAUCCCGAGUCUGGAUCUAAGCUCGCCGAAGCUCUCAACAACGAGAACCGCUCAGUAUCUUCUGUUCAGCUCGACCUUUCCUCCGAUGACUCAAUCUUGAAGGCCGUCGAGUCCAUCCAAAAGAGUCACGGAAAACUCGACGUUCUCAUCAACAAUGCAGGCAUUCUGAUCGAUACGUCUCCUGAUGCGUUCAGCUCCACUCGAGAUCUUUUCAGAAAGACCUACGAUACCAACGUUUUCGGGACAGCCGUUCUAAGUGAGGCAGCUCUUCCCCUCUUACGCAAGUCCGAAUAUCCGCGCAUCAUCUUCGUGUCGUCCCAGAUGGGCUCGCUGGAGUCGUCUGUGGACGAGAGGAUGCCUUUCUACAACAUCGACUACAAGGCAUAUGACGGCAGCAAGGCAGCUGUCAACAUCUUGGCUACCAACUACGCUCGUAUACUAAAGGACAUCGGCGGGGCCUCGAACGCUGUUUGCCCCGGCUUGGUCAAAACGAAGCUGACUGGAUGGAUGGAUGCCGGUGCGCCGACUGCUGUCGGGGCGGAGAAAAUUGUGGAGUUGGCUACUGCAGCUCCGGGUGGACCGACCGGCACGUUCUCAAACAGGGAGGGACCCCUUGCUUGGUAG